GAUAGCUGUCACAGUCACAAUUCAGAGAUCACAGUACCGUAAGGCUAUUGUGUUUUUGUGGGGUCGUGAGUUUAGAAAUGGUGUCUGAUAUACGUUUUUGUGCAAAACAGAUUAUUAAAAUUAGUUAAGUGACCUCAAUAAACGUUUAAUAUUAAAAAUAAGGCUGUGUAAUAAUGGAAGAUAGUGCAGAAUCUAACUUUAACCCCAUUUCCCAGGGGUGUGGCCCACAUUCACAAAUUUCCAUCCAAAUAAGUCCCACGACAGGCGGCGACUUCCAUCUAACUGUUGAUCCCGAUAUAACCGUCGAGAACGUCAAAAAACUAAUUUCAAAGAGGCUGAAAGUACCGAGAGAUCGUAUAUGUUUACUAUUUCGUGAUAAACAGCUCCAAGAGGGCAACCUUCUUCAGCACGGAGUUACGGACGGAUCCAAAGUUACGCUGCUGCCCAACGUUGAAACGGGACUCGUUCAACAAAGGCCAGAAAUAGGAAUAAUGCAAGCGUUAGAAUCACUAAACGAUACUCAAGUAAAUGAAUUUUUAUGUGGAAAAGCACCUCUCAAUCUGAGCAUGCGCUUAGGAGAUCAUAUGAUGCUAAUUCAACUACAACUCAGUACAGUAUCCGGUGCGAAACCACCGCCCGCCUCACACCCGUCACCGCCAGUAAGACCUCCAAGUUUAACACAGGCAUCGAGGAACCUCCAACACACCUUACGUCGCCUUUCAGCGGAUGUUUUUUCCGGUAGAAGCGAGAGUACAAGUCGUAGAGGCAGUGUGUAUUCUGGUACAUUUAGUGGAGCACUAAAUCCGGCACUUCAAGAUCCAAAAGGUCGACCACGCCGAGAUGUGGCCACUAUAGUUCAUAUUCUAAAUGAUCUCUUAUGUUCAGCUCCCGAAUUGCGACGCGUGUCAAGGCAAGGAGAGGAACAAUCCGAAACUAUUCAACAGCAAAUUGACGAGCCCACUCCUUCUUCUAUAAGCGAAGAUCAAAAUUCACGGACGCGAGGAAAAUUAGAGCACCUACGCUUAGUUAUGGGCGAGAGACGCGAACGUAGACGUCAACGCAAACAAAAACCGUAUUCGUUGCCACAAAGUGAUACAGAUACCGUAACGGCAUGAACACAUUUUAUUUGUUGUAAAUAGUUAAUUAUGGAUCUUGUUUAAAUGUGCAUUUCUAACGUUUUUGUUUUCUUUUGUAUUAGAAUAAUUAUACUGAAAAGUAACAUUAAUAAAAUUUUAUUGAAAAUUUA